AAAGCAAGCUGCGAGUUCCUAAAAUUCAUAAAUUCUCACUCAAGCAUAACUCGUGAUGAAAAGGAUUGCGGUGUACUCUUGCUGCUUUGUGCAAUUCUAACUCCAGUUAAAAUAAAGAAGACGCACAAGCCAUCUAUUCUUGAUGCACAAAAGGAACUGGCGCUGUUUGUAACAUGCCCGAGUGACAUCUCCAGGAAGAUUGCUGUAAUGCGGAGUGAGUACCAAGAGCAAAAAUUGUCCAUACAGCCGAAAUUGAUAAUUGUUGGCGAAUAUGAUACAACAAAGCUCCAGUUUCAACCUUUCGACGAAGUCAAAUACAAGAUGGGCAGUAUACGAAAAGCAGUUGACACAAUAAUAAAAUUGUGUUUUGUUUUCAACAUUGAGUACUCAAAGAUCACUAGACAGAUAUGGAGGUUCCUUCAGGAAUAUUUUUAUCAAAUUGAUUCACCUGAGACUUCACCGGCAAUCCGUAAUUUGUGUAACAAAUUGGCAUAAAAUGCCUUUUUCUUGCUUCGAAUGUGAACUAGAA